GAGCGAGACGCCGUUGCCAUGGCAGCGGCAGGGGAGCAGGGCUAGGUUUUGCACCGGAUCGCCGGAGCUGCAGGAGCGCCUGGGGGCAGUUCCAAGAACCCGCCAGACACAGGGGCUGAGGCUGCGACGCCGGAGACUGGAGCCAGGAGGAUGGCGCACCUGCUAGGCAGCCCGGCCUGCAUGGACAGCCUACGCAAGGACCUUACCGACCUGCAGGGUGCCAUCGUCGACGUGUUCUCCCGCGCCGGGCCCGUGCGCUUCCCCUCCUGGAAGUUCCCCGACCGCGCGGCCUGUGACCUGGAUAUGGUGGCCCUGCUGGAGCAUUACGACCACGUGCCGGGCGACCCUGAGUUCACGCAGCUGGCCCACGCUGUGCUGCUGGAGCUGGUCAUCGACAGGCUCUUGCUGCUGCUUCAGAGCUGUGCGAGCUACCUGGAGAACCUGACCUUGGAGCAGAUAGUGCCCCCAGCCCGGGCUGCAGGGCCCUGCAUGUCCGUGGGGCUCACAGUACGACGCUUCUGGAACAGUCUGCUGAGGCUGGGCAUGCUUAGCCAGCAGGCGGCCCUCCAGAAAAGGGCAAAUCAAGGAGAGACCCUCACCUCCAAGCCCACAGCCAAGGGCGAGCCUGCCAGGAGCCCGGAACUGGGGACCGCCCAGCUUGUCAAGGCACCCUCCCCAGUGCCAGGCCUGCCCCAGGCCUGCCCAGAGCAGGACAGCCUCCCUGUCAGCAUCUCGCUGCAGCGUCCAGGCGGGACGGCCGAGAACACCAGGAGUGUCCACUCCCAGACUGUAGAGACGGCCCUGGUGCCCUGUGACGCGUGCACCAGCGUCCAGGGCAGCCUGCGGGAGGUGGGCAAGGUGGUCAUCAACCUGUGUCAGAGCCAGAACCUGCCCUCGUCGCUGGGCCGCUUCCAGCAGCUGGUGCAGGACAGCAUGGGGCACAGGCCACUGCCGGCUGCCACCGUGGGCCUCUGGGCGGCCGAGCAGAGCAAAGACCUGGCGCGCCUCAGCAAGCUCAUGGGGCCCCUCAGGGCCCAGCUGGAGGAGGCCGAGGGCCAGAAGGACGGGCUGAGGAGGCAGGUGGGUGAGCUGGAGCAGACCCUGCAGCAGGAGCGGGCGGUGCGGCAGCGGCAGGCCGAGGAGGCCGAGCAGCGCCGGGCCCAGUGGGAGCGCGAGAGGCAGCAGCUGCUCGCAGCUGCCACAGAAACAAGUGACCUCAAGACGAAGGUGGCCACCCUGGAGGGGGAGCUGAAGCAGCAGCGUGAGUCCACGCAGGCCGUGGAGAGCAAAGCCCAGCAGCUGCAGGCAGAGGCUGAGCACCGGUUGGAGGCCGAGCGGCAGGUGCGGCAGCUGGAGCAGCAGGUGGAGCUGCUGGCGGGGCGGCUGGAAGGGGCCAGCCAGCAGAUCCGCUGGGCCAGCACGGAGCUGGACAAGGAGAAGGCCCGCGUGGAUAGCAUGGUCCGCCACCAGGAGUCCCUGCAGGCCAAACAGCGAGCCCUGCUGCAGCAGCUGGACAGCCUGGACCAGGAGCGCGAGGAGCUGCGGGGCAGCCUGGACGAGGCCGAGGCCCAGCGGGCCCACGUGGAGGAGCAGCUGCAGAGCGUGCAGGGCGAGAGAGAGCAGGGGCAGUGCCAGCUCCAGGCCCAGCAGGAGCUGCUACAGAGCCAGCAGCGGGAAAAGCAAGGCCUGGAGCAGGCGACCACGGACCUGCGGCUGACCAUCUCGGAGCUGGAGCGGGAGCUCGUGGACCUGAGGGAGCGGGAAAGGCUGCUGGUGGCCUUCCCGGACCUGCACAGGCCCGCGGAAGCCCAGAUCCAAAGCUCUGGCAACGUCACGGACGACAUGGAGAGGCAGGUGCAGGCCAACGACAUCCGCAUCCGGGUCCUGCAGGAGGAGAAUGGGCGGCUGCGGUCCAUGCUGUCCAAGAUCCGGGAGGUGGCCCAGCAGGGGGGCCUCAAGCUGAUCCCGGAGGACCAGCUCUGGGCCCCUCGCGGCAAGGGAAUCCAGGGAGCAGAGCCCCCAGCGCAGACCCCAAGGACAUACCCGGGCUCCUGCAGCUGCCGAACAGAGGUCUGUUUCCUCGCUGGCCGCCGCCAGGGCCGCUCUUGGCUCCGAGAGGCCGUCUAACUUCUCGCCACGUGGCUCCUCCAUCUUCGAGUCAGCAACAGAGAAUAUCUCAGGCUCCGAUCCCCUCUACGCUUCAAAUUCCUGACUUCCUCUUCCUCUACCAGCUGGGGGAAACGCUCUGCUUUUAAUGGGCUCCCCUGGUUAGGUCAGGCCUCCCUGGACACCUGCCUUCCCACACAUUAAGGUCAGCCAUGCCAUACAGCACAACCUAAUCACGGGAGUAGACUCCAUCAGUGUCCCAGUUCCAGGGUCACACAGUGUGUGUUCAUGGGGGCCGGGGGCAUCCUAGGGGCUGUUUUAUUUUUUGGCUGCACUGGGUCUUCCUUGCUGUGUGGGGGCUUUCUCCAGUUGUGGCGAGCGGGGGCGACUCUCCAGUUGCAACGCAAGGCCUUCUCACCAUGGUGGCUUCUCUCGUCGCAGAGCAUGGUCUCUAGGGCGCGCCACCUUAGUCGCCCCGAGGCACGUGGAAUCUCCCCAGACCAGGGAUUGAACCUGUGUCCCCUGCACUGGAGGCGGUUCUUAACCACUGGGUCACCAGGGAAGUCCCCUUCGGAGGCAUUUUAGAGUCCUCCACCUCCCAC